AUGCCUCGUGAAGUUUCCGAUAUCAAGCAGUUCAUCGAGAUCUGCCGCCGCAAGGAUGCCUCCUCUGCCCGCAUCAAGCGCAACCGCUCGACCCAGCAGAUCAAGUUCAAGGUCAGAUGCCACCGCUUCAUCUACACUCUUGUCCUGAAGGACUCCGACAAGGCCGACAAGCUCAAGCAGAGCCUGCCCCCAGGUGCGUUGCCAACCUAA